AUGCUUCGGCCUCAGGCGUUGCAUACGGACCGCACAAUUCAAAUGCACUUCCAGGACCGAGAGCAUGUUGAAACGCUGCUAGUUUCCCUGGUGCAACGUUUGGAUGUCAGUGACAGCUCCGUGCGAACAGCUCGAGUUUCAGAGCUAUACUCAGCUGUAGCAUCACUCAGUCGUCAGCUGUCAGCUGAACGCUUUGCAAAGGCGUUGGGUCAGCUAACUCCACAGCUGUACCUGCUGCUGCAGCGAGGAUCCAACGAAACAGCCCAAUUGGGAGCCUUGCUUGCAAUUGAACGCCUCAUUGACAUAUCAAAUGAGGAUCAAUUCAUCCGCUUUGUCAACUACCUGAGAUACUUCUUACAACAGCCUCAAACUAGUAGAGGAGCUUUGCUGGCAGCAUCGUCAGCCAUGGGUAAGCUUGCUGCUUCCAGUGUCAGUGGUACGCUCGUGGCGAGUUUUGUCGAUUUUGAGGCUAAGCGAGCCUUUGAGUGGCUUCAAGACACUCAAUUAGGCUCGCAUAUCGUCCGAAAUGAAGCGGUUGUGAGCCAAAGGCGACUUGCAGCGUGUUUUGUUCUGCGUGAACUGGCACAAGCAGCUCCGACAUUAUUUCAUGUGAAUUUGACCACCUUUUUCCAGAGUAUUUGGGGCGCAAUACGCGACCAGAAGGUCGAGAUCCGAGAGGCUGCAACCAGCGCGUUAGCAGCGUGUUUGCAGUUAAUUACUAAGCGACAGACACGACAUCGUGUGCAGUGGUACUGCAAGGUCUAUGAUCAAGUGUUCGAAGGCUUAGCCUUGCGUAGCAAUACGACGGAAUCCAAUUCUCCACUCACGACUACACACCAGGCUCAAAUUUCUUGGGAGUGCGCGCAUGGGUCGUUACUUGUAAUCGGCGAGCUCAUUGCGAAUACCGGACGCUUCAUGGUGCCACGAUUUCGAGAAGUAUGCGAUACAGUUCUGCGGUACAAAGACGCAAAAGAGAAACUUGUAAGUCGUGCUAUUUCAAAACUCUUGCCGCAAUUGGCCGAGUUUUGUCCCGGAGCGUUUAUCCAGCACUAUCUCGACGUCUGCGUGGGGCAUUUAACCAAGCGGAUACAAGAAUAUUCUGCGCCAUCUUCUGAGCGCGGCGUGGCCUUCUUAGCAAUAGGAAAACUUGCAUUGGCUGUUGGGGAAGCCUUGUUGCCUCAUCUUCCCUCGAUUUUGAAAUUAAUUAAGGAGGCGUUGGCGCCACAUAUUGAAACGAAGCGUAAACGGGCUCGAAACAAAUUCUUUUGUGUGCAAACACUCACGUGUGUGGCGAAUCUGUCGCGAGCAUUGGGACCUCGAUUUGAAACGUUUUUGUUUCACGAUGGGGUGCUAGAGACGAUGAUGAUUGGUGGCCUGAGUGACGAGCUAAUCGAUUCUCUUACUGAGGUGGUUGAUAGUGUACCGAGCGCAUUGCCGUAUGUGCAGGAACGUCUUCUAAAUGAGAUCUCUGGCAUUUUGCGGGGUACUCCAUUCUCGUUAGGUAGUGGAGCAGUCUAUUUACCAUCAACUGUCACUUCAUCUAGCGGAGAUGGUAUUGAAUUGACAUUGGAUGCAUCCUACCUUGAUACUAACACGGAUACUCCGCCUAUAAGGCAAACAGCAGUUCAAGCCCUAUUUUCGUCAAUGAAGCGAGGAUUUACAAGCGCGAACGAGGAUUUAUCGAGUGGAACUGGUGCGUUAGUGAUCAAAGGCGAGACGGGAGAUGAGAUUGAUACCAUUUUGUUGUCGUUGCGCACACUGAGCUGUUUUGAUUUCAGUGGAAGUUUUUGUCUAAUGCCUUUUGUGCGUGACUGUGUGGCACUAUAUCUUAAAAAUUCGGACGCACGCAUUCGUAAACAAGCUGUGAUAACUUGUAGCAAGCUUCUGCUUCCUUCACCCGAGGCGACUGAUACAUGGAGACACUUAAAAAAACGGGGUCCUACCGGACGGGUUAUCAAUUUGGUGCUCAGUCAAUUGCUUCAAGUUGGCAUUUCGGAUAUGGAUGUGGCAGUAAGAAGGAGUGUUGUAGAAUCCUUGGAUGCACGUUUUGAUGAGCUCCUGGUUCAGGAGCAACAUUUAAAAUUGAUAUUUUUCUUCUUGAAUGAUGAAAAUGCCACCAUCCGCGAACAUGCCAUGCAAUUACUGGAACGAUUAGCACCUCGCAAUCCAGCGUUCGUGAUGCCAUCCUUACGCCGUGUACUUAUACAACUUGUCACGGAAUUACAGCAUACAUCGGAUCCACGAAUGCGUGAGGACAGUACCCGUUUGAUGGGAUACUUGAUCCGUAGUGCGCAACAGCUAGUGGAUCCGUAUGUCAUGCGUAUUCUUGAAGUGCUGUUGCCCAUGCUUGUGCGCGAAAGCGCCCCACUGACUAUAGCUGUGUUGAUUACGCUUGGUGAACUGGCGCUCGUGUCGCGGACGCAAAUUGCUGCGUACGAACGGUAUCUCUUUCCACUCAUUAUUCACACUCUCCAAGAUCAUUCGUCGAUCGAAAAGCGUCAAGUGGCAUUACAGACACUGGGUCAACUUGCAGGCAGUACAGGCUGCGUCAUCCGUCCGUAUUUGGCAUCACCCAAGUUACUUGAAAUCUUCUUAAGUCUAUUGCACCACAACGUAGGGAGCCCGUGGUCUCUUCGACGUGAGGCAAUGCGAACAGUUGGCAUUCUGGGUGCAUUGGAUCCGUACAAGUACAAACUGUGUAUUUCAAGGGCCUCCUUGCGGCUAGCAAACGAAGUUGUCUUCAUUGCUGAUUCAUCUACGAAUCAAGAAAACAUAGAGAGGGACAUCGACGGCACUUCGAUUAGCGUUUCAACACCGAUGCCAGGCGUCUCGAUCAAUCUUGCAAGUUUUGACCGCAAAGCGACAAGCGACGCCCUAGAUGAAAAGCAGCAGAUUGAACUCCAGCUGUUCACGGCUGCGCCAAUCGGAACGAGGAAACUCGAUGCCACUACAGCCGCUGGAACUCUCAGUGUCGAUUCGCACCCAUCUCAAUCGGUCAGCGGUGUCGCUGAUGUUGCUGCAGGAAAUUUGUCAUCAUUGUCGUCGUCUUCUCGUAAAAAACGGCAAGUUGGUGCCACUGACACGAGCUUAGAUGAAGAUUCAUUUGACUUUGAAAGCUCACUAAUGGAUAGCAAGUUCGAACUUGACCCCACUGAGUUGUCGCCAACAUCCGAAGCAUACUUCCCAACGGUAGCGAUACAUGCCCUGUUGCGAAUAUUAUGCGAGCCGUCUCUGAAUGCUCAUCAUCAUGGCGUUAUCCAGGCCAUCAUGUUUAUCUUCAAAAGUCUAAGCACACAAUGCAUACCGUUUCUCAAGUACAUUUUGCCACCGUUCCUUCGAGUUCUUUCGCAUGGGGAGCCUCGACUGCGCGAGUCGUUAUUUCUGCAGCUUACAGCGCUAAUAUCGAUUGUCCAUGCGCACAUGAAGCCAUUCUUUCCGCCCAUUAUGGUGCUGGCCUUGCGGUUUUGGGGCUCACAUUUACCACAAAUUGUGCGCCUUGUAGAGAAGAUUGCACAGGCGGUACCGCAUGAAUUUCGAACGCAAUACUUUCCCAAGUUAUUACCAAAACUUCUUGAAGUUCUUCAACCGCAUUCUGGAGUGGGUGUUGGCACUGCAGACGGUGAUCUAUCAGGUGCUAGUGCUAGUGUAAGUGGUACAACAACGACUACAAAAGGCUCCGGAGACGAUGUGAAUGUCAUUGGAGAAGGUGGGGAGCAUCAUGGACAAUGCAAUGAUAGCGCAUCAGGUGGAAAAAGUGAGCACGUGGUCAAUACAUAUGAUAUUAUUCAAAAAGGUGGAGCAGACGGCGCGUCUGUCGUAUUGGCGGCGUUUCAGACGCAAGUGGUUCAGUCGUUAAUAGUAUUCGGCGAUGCAGUAGAAGAUUACGUGUAUCUUGUUGUGCCUGCUCUUGUGCAUCUUAUGGAGAGUUUUGACACCCCGCUAGAAGUAAAAAUCACAACUGUCUACGCACUCGCUCGUAUAUGUGUGGUUGCCAAGUUUGAGCAAUAUGCUGGUCCAAGAUUGCUCCAGCCUCUUGCCCGAGUAGCGUCACAGGUAUCUGCAAAAGGAGCGUUUUUCUUUAGUCGCUCAGGCAGCACUACUGCCAUUCCUACAAGUAGUGGUACAAAUGGAUCCGGAUCAUCUGGAAACGGAUCUAUGGGUGCAGGGGUGGCGCGGAUUGCUACUUCUAAAUCAGAAGCAACACGAUUCUCCGAGGUAAUGCUCUAUGCCCUCGGAGCUUUGGUCUUUCAGCUACAAGCGGAAGUAUUGAAUUUUGAACCAUUAUUGCAGCAGAUCAUUGCGUCUCUGCCGUUCUCGCACCGUGGCAACCUCACUACAGCGGCUAUUGAUACUGAAAACGGUAAUUCUUCUUCGUCAACUCACCUGAUGGUACAACGGAUUGCACAAGCAUUGGAGAGCUUGCGCCUCGGCAAACGCGUGUCACGGACAUUUCUCAAUGAUCCAGCCUUUAUGACGCCUUCGCUACGGAAGUUUUUUACGGUGUUGCAAGCGCAAACAGCAGCGGCGAUGCCUUCAGCGGCCACCCCGCCUACCAAUGCUCGACUACACGUCAAUCAACAAAAUUUGCGACGAGCUUGGGAAGCAUCUCAGCGCAGCACAAAAGAUGAUUGGCUCGAGUGGAUGCGGCGUUUCUCAAUUGAACUGCUUCGUGAAUCUCCCAGUGCCGCGCUACGUUCGUGCUGUGCAUUAGCUCAAGCCUACAACCCGCUGGCUCGUGCCCUUUUUAAUCCGGCCUUUGUUUCUUGCUGGAAUGAACUGUAUGAACAGUAUCAGGACUAUUUGGUGAGAGCUUUGGAGACGGCAUUUCAGAGCGACACGAUACCAGCCGAGAUAUUGCAGACGCUUCUUAAUCUUGCGGAAUUUAUGGAGCACGAUGUCGAGGCAUUACCUAUUGAUAUUCGAGAGCUGGGAGAGUUAGCACAAAAAUGUCAUGCUUAUGCAAAGGCUUUGCAUUAUAAAGAGUUGGAAUUCCACACGUCUCCUAGCACGUGCAUAGAGGCGCUCAUCUCCAUCAACAAUCAGCUAGGUCAACCAGAGGCUGCUGUUGGUAUUUUAAAAUACGCGCAAACACACCACAGUCGGGUCAUCCAAGUAAAAGAAACUUGGUUUGAGAAGCUUCAUGAUUGGCGCGCUGCACUUGCGCUGUACGACCGACGACUGCAGUAUGCGCAGCAGGAGGCAGGCGACAAUCAAGAACUCGACAUUGAAGUUUGCAUUGGAAAAAUGCGGUGCUUAGAGGCAUUGGGAAAGUGGGAAGAAUUGGGUGCGCUAGCUUCUCAAGUUUGGGCUGCAUUGCGCUCGCCUGAGCGUUUUUCAAACCAAACCAAUGUCCAGCCGCCUCGCAGCCGGCUAUUGUCUGCUAGUCGGGGACCACCCAGUGGAUCUGGUGUUGUUUCUGGUCGAGGCAGCGCCACCCAUCCUCGUAAUAGUACCCACUCUUCUUUGGCCUCGACCGGAAUUUCUCCGGGUUCCUCCACUUACCAGCUCAAAGAAGAUCGUAGUGAUGACGUUGCCGCGCUUCGAACAGUGGCAAUGCUUGGUGCACGGGCUAGUUGGUGUUUGUCGCAGUGGGAUAGCAUGGCACAGUACGUGACCGAGUGUUCCGCACAAUAUGACAAAAGCAACUUCAACAGUACAGUAAUAUCACGAGCCGCGAAUGACAAUAGUCAUGGCUAUGGAUACGGACACAUGCACAGUCACGGAAUCUUUGGUGCAGAUGAAGAUGUUACGGAGUUGUCGCUGUAUGAGUCUGUCUUAGCCGUCCACCAUAACAAAUUCGAUCAAGCGGCGAUGCUAAUCGAUAAAACACGAAAGACGCUGGAUACAAAACUGGGUGCGCUGGUAGGCGAGUCUUACAGCCGUGCCUACCGCAGCAUAGUGACUCUACAGCAACUCAGUGAGCUUGAAGAGAUUGUUACAUACAAAAAGCUACGUGCUCAGAUUUCAAAGGCGGAAGAAGCUGCGCGGUAUAAGCGCCACUUGAUGCAGAUGUGGCGUGACCGUCUAUCCGGUUGCAAACGCGUGGUUGAUGUGUGGCAGCAGGUUUUGGUGGUCCGUGCCUUGAUCUUAGCACCGCACGAAGACAUUGACACUUACCUGCAGUUUGCUAGCCUUUGUCGCCAGUCCGGAAACUUGCCUCUGUCACUUAAGGUUUUUACUAAUGCAUUGCACGUAUACAAUGGUGCAGGAUCUAAAGGAACGGGUAUUUCAGAAAUGCUUAGUAUGGCGCCCACAAGUUCCGGAUCCACCACAUUUGGGAUCGGUGAAAACGAUCGACAUCGGGUUGGAUUUGCUUAUUUGAAACAUCUUUGGGCUGCUGGACAAAAGCAAGAAGCACUAGCCGACUUACAUCGCUUAGUGGUUCGGAUUUCAUCAGCAGCGCGGCAUCGGCCCCAGCCUUCUGGUGGAAUGAAUGGCUUGCAGUCUUCUACUCCGGCUACGAUGCCUAUCAAGAGCGAAGAAGAGGAGCUGCUCGUGAAGUGUCACUUAAAGAUGGCCGAAUGGCAGCUUGCAGUGCACGAUCAGCAGAUUAAAGAAGUGCCAGUUGAAAGUGUUCUGUCCUCAUUGCGGCUGUGCACUGAGCUGGAGCCGCGUAGCUAUAAGGCGUGGCAUGCCUGGGCCCUAAUGAACUUUCAAGUUGUCGAACAUUCAACGCACAGCCAGUAUUUCUCGGCGAACACGACUGCGUCAGCCGUUGCGGCGUCUUCUUCGGUAGCCCCAUUCAUCGCGCCAGCGAUUGAAGGAUUUUUCCGGUCCAUUGCGCUGGGUCGUAGUCGCUGGGCUGCUAACGUACAACAAGAUAUCUUGCGGGUUCUUACACUUUGGUUUGCGCACGGUCACCGCAUGGAUGUGCAUGCUGCUCUGGAAAAAGGAUUUCGGUCUGUAAGUAUCGAGACGUGGCUUAUUGUAAUUCCACAGCUCAUUGCGCGUAUCCACAUGCCUUAUCCGCGGAUUCAAAAGCAGCUUCACCGUUUACUUGUGGCUGUGGGAAAGCAACACCCGCAUGCUCUGAUCUAUCCUCUUUCUGUAGCGCUCAAGUCGUCGGUAUGUGAACGGCAGCAAGCUGCGGAAGCGGUCAUGAGUACAAUGCGUACUAACUACGUGGAACUUGUGGACGAAGCAUUGCUCGUGAGUCGCGAGCUUAUACGUGUGGCUAUUUUGUGGCACGAGAUGUGGCAUGAAGGACUAGAAGAAGCGUCACGUUUGUACUUUGGAGAACAUAAUGUCGACGGCAUGGCGCAAGUAUUGCGACCACUGCAUAUGAUGAUGGAGCGUGGUCCAGAGACGCUUCGAGAGGUGAGUUUUCAUGGAGCAUUUGGUCGUGAUUUGCGUGAAGCAAAUGAGUGGUUGCAAAGGUUCUUGCGAAAUCGACGCAAUGAGUCCGAUCUCAAUCGUGCAUGGGAUCUAUACUACCAUGUAUUCCGCCGUAUCAACAAGCAAUUACCACAGAUUACUACACUUGAGCUACAAGUCGUAUCUCCUAACUUGCUGACCGCGAGAAACCUGCACCUUGCUGUUCCAGGUACAUACCGAGCUGGCCAUCCCGUUGUUAAGAUAGGAAGUUUUUUGCCUACUGUGGCUGUCAUCACGAGUAAGCAGCGACCUCGCCGUAUCACAAUCGUUGGUUCAAAUGGACUCGAAUACAUGUUUCUGCUUAAAGGCCACGAAGAUUUACGUCAAGAUGAGCGCGUGACGCAGCUCUUUGGUCUUGUAAAUGCAUUGUUGAUAAAUGAUAGCAACACAUCAAAAAAAGACUUAAAGAUACAUCGCUACCCCGUCAUUCCCUUGUCGGACAAUGCCGGUAUUGUUGGUUGGGUGCCACACUGUGAUACUCUUCAUCAACUCAUUCGUGAUUACCGCGAGGCCCGCAAGAUUCUUCUUAAUAUCGAACAUCGUUUGAUGCUGCAAAUGGCUCCCGACUAUGAUGCUUUGACUCUGCUAGAAAAGGUCGAAGUAUUUCAAUAUGCGCUGGAAAACACGGCUGGUCAAGACUUGUACAAGGUACUUUGGCUUAAGUCAGAAAACUCGGAGAUUUGGCUCGACCGACGCACGAAUUACACGCGGUCUCUUGCCGUGAUGUCGAUGGUUGGUUACAUUCUUGGGCUGGGCGACCGUCAUCCGAGCAAUUUGAUGCUGCAUCGUUUCACCGGAACGAUCGUUCACAUCGACUUUGGCGAUUGCUUUGAAGUAGCUAUGGAUCGUGAGAAAUACCCCGAAAAAAUUCCUUUUCGACUUACGCGAAUGCUGACGAAUGCGAUGGAAGUGAGUGGAAUCGAAGGAAACUUCCGCUUUUCGUGCGAGAGUGUCAUGACAGUGUUGCGUGAGAAUCGCCAUAGUCUAAUGGCGAUGCUGGAAGCUUUUGUGCAUGAUCCAUUGAUCAACUGGCGUCUUCUUUCAGCUGCAAAUAUGCAGCCUUCAAGUCAUGCGGGCAGCUCCGUUGCAUCGAGUUUUGUAGCAUCAUCGGUUGCUUCCAGUGCCAUGAGUAUGAAUAGCGAGAGCGACUACGAGCCCUUAGAAACGUCCUCACAAGGUCCAUCCGAGUAUUCUAGUCAUGAAUCAGAAAUGUGUUCUCGUGAACCCUCCGAGUCCUCAAUCGGCGAAGACGAGACAUCACAUCGUCGUAGCGAAAGUAUUUCGAUUCCAGAUUCACGACUGGAUUCAACAGCCCCACCACUUAAAGAUCGGGGCGGUACUCGAUCGGCCAGCAAUAAGUUAAGUGGCGACCAAGAAGGUGACGACAAGCAAGGUGGUGAAAAACUCUCAGAAAAUUCUGAAUCAGACAAGAAUGUUGAUGAUCAAGAUUCUACAGCUACUCAUUCCCAAGAUCAAACAUCUGAACAAGCACAACAAAAACAAUCAUUGCCGCGUCAAGUCAGUGCCAAUACCGCGACUCAGGAUCGAGUGGAAACAAAUGAUACAGAAGACCCUCAGCUCCCCUCAUCAUUAUUGUCGCGUCCGAUGAGCGUAAGCAAAUCCAUUCCACUUCCAAUGCGCAAGCUUCCACCUCGAGCUCCAGCAGUGAAUCGUCAUCGUAACAAUCCAAUCGAUGAAAACGAAGAUUCCACAAUUGUUGAAAAAAUCGACUUAGCGACUACAAACUUGCACGCCGAAAUGUCGUCUCUGGCCGCCAGUGUCUCCAGUGUAGGUCAUUCAAGUUUAAGCCGCAGUUUUUCUGUCACGCAGUCGCAGCUCCAAAUUCAGUCUCGUGGGCAGCAGCAACGAUCAGGGAAUGUUCCAUUCGCGCCAGGUGAGUGUCCUCCUGUAGCAUUGAACACGCCUUUACCACGAAUGGAUCCAGCCACAUCGACCUCAUUCGUGUCGGUCACAGCAGCUGCCCACAUUCCGCCAUCUUCAGAUGGACUUCCUCCAUCGACAAGCAACGACUUGCACGCAAACCGCAGCGUCCGUGAACGCGAACUAUUGAAUGCACUGGGACCUGAAGGUAUAGCGGCACCUCGCGUGGCGUUAAAUGAAAAAGCAGUGGCCGUCAUUCGACGUGUGCAAGCAAAAUUGUCGGGCCGCGACUUUGAGGGCGAUGGCGGUGAUCCACUAGACGUGAGUGCACAAGUGCAGCGACUCAUUUCGCAAGCCAGAUAUUGUCCUGAGAAGCAUGUAUAA